AUGGGAAGCACAGAGUUGUCGAAGAAUGCUGAGCGCAAGUCAUCGUUCGAUGAUCUUCCUCACGAAACGGUCUUCGAAAUCCUCUUAAAACUGCCGGUGAAAUCUAUAAUCCGCUCAACCCUGGUCAACAAAUCAUGGCGCUCCUUGAUCAAAAACCCUGAUUUUAUUUCUGCUCACAUUCAACGAUCAGUGUCAUGUUAUGAUGAAAGUGCUGUGUUACUAGUCCCUUAUAUGGGCUCCUUUGAGAAAUAUUGCUCCUUAGUCUCCACUGAUACUUCUUCACUUAUCCAAAAAUUUGAGUUUCCUUUUGAUACUAGGCGUACAACUACAAGUUCCGAAGCACUAUUUGCAUCAUUGCAUGGACUUGUUUUAUUAUCUACUUCUGAUGAAUUGAGUUCACGUUCUGAAUUGUAUCUGUGGAAUCCCUCUCUUGGAACACAUAGAGCCCUUGUUACUAAAAGCCCUUUUGAUAAAAGGGCUUAUAGAUGGAGAAGACAAAUUCUUCUAGCCGGAUUAGGUUUUCAUAAACCUACUAAUGAUUAUAGAGUUGUUAUGGCUUUUUCUGGCGCGGAUAAAAAGGGGAAGGUCUAUGAAGAGCAAGCUCCUAAGGCUGAGAUUUAUAGUUUGAGGGAGCAUGCAUGGAAGGAGUUAAAAAACUCUAAAGUUCCUAGACUUAUUCCGAAAAAUGAGACAUAUGUCGAUGGUAGGUUUUACUGGUUAGGUACAAUGCUCCCCGAAACUCAUGAUGUUUUUCAGCUUUCUACUCUUCGCUAUUCUUGUAAUCCUGAACAAUUGAGGAUAUUGUCAUUUAAUUUUGAUACGGAAGCGUUUGGGGAAUUACUAAAAUUGCCGGAUGAAGUGUCUAGCUGUGUAGGACAAGCUGCCGAAUUUAAGCUGAUGGAAUUUGAGGGUUUACUCUGUGUUUGUGUUUUUGAUUUUCAAUACAGGAGUAGUGGCCAGCUUUUCAGUAUAUGGUCGAUGAGGUCUGAAAAUGGUGUUAUCUCUUGGAGUCUACGUUUUAGAUUUCGGCUGAAGGAAGGGGCGGCACGCCCUCUGAAUAUUACAAAGAGUGGAUCAUUUAUAAUAGAGUCAUAUGGGUACUCCAAUUGGAAUACAAGGAUUUUCUCAUGUAAUCUCAAAAGCAUGCAUGAUAGAGAUAUUGGACUUUCUAAGUUUCAAAAAUAUGCAGAGUAUUCGUCGAUAUAUACCGUGGACACUCAUUUCAUGGAGAGUUUGGUCAUGUACGAGGGAGAUCAGAAGUAG